UGCAGAAAUCGUGUGUGCUGAAUACUCUGCGGCGCCUGGUUGCUGCUUUGGGCCUGGCGGUUGCCCAGCGAUUUUUGUGAGACGGAAAUCGCGGGGACGCGGUUGGGUUCGCGGUUGGGUGAAAAGCCGUCGCUUCCGCGAGGCCUCACCCCACCUGUCAUGGACUGCAGUCGGGAUAGGAUGGUCGCGGUGGUCCCCGGGCAGUUCGACGACGCGGACUCCUCAGACAGUGAAAGCACAAACGUGAAGUCAAUUCAAGCAAAAGACGAUAUCCUACUUAAAAACCCUCAGAAUGAUGUGACAGAGGUACAGAGUGAAGGUGAGAUUGAGGAGGAAGACAACUAUGACUAUGACAGUGAUUGGUUCUGGGAUGAUACAACCGGAAAACUCACCAAGAGUUCUACCUGGAAUGGAGGCAGUAACCGGCAGGCAAAUCCCCAGACUUCUAACUGCAGUUCAACCAAAAUGUCUACUCCAAUUGACAAGUCCUUGCGAAAAUUUGAAAAUAAAAUCAAUCUAAAUAAACUGAAUGUUACUGAUUCUGUCAUAAAUAAAGUCACCGUAAAAUCUAGACAAAAAGAAGCAGAAUCGUAUCGAGUUAAAGAUAAGGCUGACAGAGCAACUGUAGAACAGGUUUUGGAUCCCAGGACAAGGAUGAUUUUAUUCAAAAUGUUGCAUAAGGAAGACAUAGCAGAAAUUCAUGGCUGCAUUAGCACUGGAAAAGAAGCUAAUGUAUACUAUGCUACCACAGCCAGUGGAGAAAGCAGAGCAAUCAAAAUAUACAAAACUUCUAUUUUGGUAUUCAAAGAUCGAGAUAAGUAUGUAACUGGAGAAUUUAGAUUUCGCCGUGGCUAUUGUAAGGGAAACCCUAGAAAAAUGGUGAAGACAUGGGCAGAAAAGGAAAUGAGGAACUUAUCCAGGCUAAGAACAGCAAACAUACCAUGUCCAAAACCAAUCAGGUUAAAAAGUCAUGUUCUUCUCAUGGGCUUCAUUGGCAAGGAUGACAUGCCUGCACCGCUUUUGAAAAACGUCCAGUUGUCAGAGUCGAAGGCACGGGAGUUGUACCUGCAGGUGAUUCAGUACAUGAGAUCAAUGUAUCAGGACGCUAGACUUGUCCAUGCGGAUCUCAGUGAAUUCAACAUGCUGUACCAUGGUGGAGAUGUGUACAUCAUUGAUGUCUCUCAGUCUGUGGAGCACGAUCACCCACACGCGUUGGAGUUUUUGAGAAAAGACUGUGCUAACGUCAAUGAUUUCUUUUUCAAGCAUGCUGUGGCUGUCAUGACUGUUAGGGAGCUCUUCGAGUUUGUUACGGAUCCUUCCAUCACUCCUGAGAACAUGGAUGGUUAUCUUGAAAAGGCCAUGGAAAUAGCAUCCCAAAGGACCAAGGAGGAAAAGACUAGCCAAGAUCAUGUGGAUGAAGAGGUGUUCAAACAAGCAUAUAUUCCCAGAACCUUGAAUGAAGUGAAAAAUUAUGAGAGAGAUGUGGAUAUAAUGAUGAGGUUGAAGGAAGAAGACAUGGCUUUGAAUACUCAACAAGAUAAUAUUCUAUACCAGACGGUCACGGGACUAAAAAAAGAUUUGUCAGGAGUCCAGAAGGUCCCUGCACUCCUAGAAAGUGAAGUUAAGGAAAAGACCUGUUUUGGUUCAGAAGAUUCUGGAAGUUCUGAGUGCUCUGACACAGACUCUGAAGAGCAGGAAGACAAUGCCGGAUGCAAAAAGCACACUGCUGACCCUGACCUUGAUAAAAAGGAAAGAAAAAAGAUGGUCAAGGAAGCCCAGAGAGAGAAGAGGAAAAAUAAAAUCCCUAAACAUGUGAAAAAAAGAAAGGAAAAAACAGCAAAGGCCAAAAAAGGCAAAUAGAAUGAAGAGUUAUGUUAUGGACAUCUCUCAGUUACUUUGAAACCUCAAGUAGAAGUUGUUGCUGAAGGGUGGCUUCUUUACCACAUCUGAGUCUUUACCAUCUCACUGUUGGGGAAGACUGGGGCAUGGUCAUGUGAUUGCCUCAAAAGCCCAAAGCCCAUCAUGUCGGGAUCCCGUCAGUCCCUGGCUCUGCUUUUAAUGGAUUUAUUAAAUAACUAUUUUAUAUA